AAAUUAGUACCAAACUUUGACCAACUUUCGCUAGGAAAUAGGAGUAUAUGAUUGAUUGUCCCCUAUUAUAGCAAGCAGUGAUCAUACAGCCUUCCUGCUCUCUCUAUUCUGUUUGCAAUCCUCUUCACCCUAAUUUUCAAUGUACCUCUGGCCGUUGCAGUACACACACACACACACACACACACACAGAGAGAGAGAGAGAGAGAGAGAGAGAUGGGUACCAUUCUCGCAACAGCCUUCCUGCUCUCUGUUCUCAGCCAUGGCAGCUACAUAGCCAUGGCUUCCUCAUCUUGGGAUGACCAAGACUUCUUCAAGCAUUGUCCACCGUCCCGGUGCAGCAAACAUGGACCAGAGAUCCGGUUCCCUCACCGGCUGCAAUCCAGCAACACACCUUCAUCAUGUGGCAGUUCACACGCCAAGCUAAUAUGCUCUGGCCAGGACACCAUCCUACAUCACCCAUUUCUGGGCCCUUGCAAGGUGACUGCCAUAGAUUACAAGAAGGCUGUCAUGAAGAUCAUCCCGUUUGGGGGUUCAUCUUCUCCAUGCCUGCUUCACAAGUUCAAUUCCACAAAUCUAUCAGCUGAUGUCAACGAUCAGAAUCAAUUAUACCUCACUGAACCUGGGAGAAUAGUGCGUUGUUCAAAAGAGUUCACAACAAGUAGAGCUUCUAUGAUCGACGGCUACAACACUGUUAUUGCCGAUAAAGUUGUCCGCUUGAUCCCCUGCCUAAGGGACACUACAAGCCACUUCUCAUAUUUGGUGUCUACUCGGCUCUACCUGUAUGCGCUUCCAUUGGACUGCAUGGUCGUCUCAAAAGGCAACAUUCCAAUCCCCAAUCCAUACACGGCUGGUUUAACGUUCAAGCAAAUGGCAGAAAGGAUAAUCAACUCUGCUGAGAUCACCCUUGAUUUGCUUCUCGGAAGUAUUCCCUACAAUUGCACGCGGUGUGAACAGCAAGGGCAACGCUGCGCGUUCAGCUCACAAAGGAAUCAAACAUUCUGCAUGCAUCACGGUUCACGCGUCAAAGUCAUUGCAGCAACAUCAGUAGCUGCAUUUGUUGCUGUUUCAUUGGUGGUGGCUACUGUGCUCUAUCUCUCCCUGAAGCAAAGGUAUAAUGAAGAGGUACACUUGAAGGUUGAAAUGUUUCUCAGGACAUAUGGCACAUCAAAACCCACAAGGUAUACUUUCUCUCAAGUAAAGAAGAUAACAAGACGCUUCAAGGAAAAAGUAGGCCAAGGUGGAUUUGGAACUGUCUACAAAGGCAAGCUCCUAAAUGGAGUGCCUGUGGCAGUCAAGAUGUUAGAGAACCCUACAGGAGACGGAGAAGAUUUUAUUACUGAAGUUGCAACCAUUGGAAGAAUCCACCAUGCAAACAUUAUCCAUCUCCUGGGCUUCUGCUCCGAAGGAACAAGGCGUGCUCUUAUUUAUGAAUUUAUGCCUAAUGAGUCACUAGAGAAAUAUAUAUUCUUGCAUGAUCAUAAUACUCCUCAAGAGCUCCUGUCACCAAACAAGAUGCUAGAUAUUGCUUUAGGCAUUGCCCGAGGAAUGGAGUACCUGCAUCAAGGAUGCAACCAGCGCAUCCUCCACUUUGAUAUCAAGCCUCAUAAUAUCUUGCUGGACUAUAACUUCAGUCCAAAGAUUUCGGACUUUGGUCUUGCAAAGCUGUGCCCGAGAGACCAAAGCAUUGUUACCAUGACCAAAGCAAGAGGCACGAUGGGAUACAUUGCACCAGAGCUAUAUUCUAGGAACUUUGGGGAGAUAUCAUACAAGUCAGAUGUUUAUAGUUUUGGCAUGCUUGUGUUAGAAAUGGUGAGUGGAAGGAGGAGCUGGGACCCAAGUAUUAAGAACCAAAAUGAGGUAUACUUCCCAGAAUGGAUCUAUGAGAAAGUAAUUACUGGGCAGGAGUUCGUACUUAGUAGGGAAAUGACAGAAGAAGAGAAACAAAUGGUGAGACAGCUGGCCCUUGUGGCACUAUGGUGUAUUCAGUGGAACCCAAGAAAUCGGCCCUCGAUGACAAAGGUCGUAAACAUGAUAACUGGAAGGUUGCAGAACAUACAGGUGCCCCCUAAGCCAUUUGUUUCGUAUGAAAGCCAUCCUAUGCCAUAAAUCAUGGAGAGCACAACACCAUGACUGAAUAAAUUUUUGGGAGUUAAUCCACAUGUUUUCAUAUAGUAAGGCCUAGAAAUUGCGUUGUGUUUAUUUUGAUGAUUCCGCUGGAUUAGCCAUCUGAGGGGAUCACUCUUCAACAUGUAUUGCAGUUAAGUAGAAAUACAACAUUGUGGUUCAGUUGUGGCUGUUACCUCUGUUCAUCAGUUGCUGUGAUGUAUCUCCUGAUGUAUUGUACUCCUAGCUCCACUAGUUAGUCAGAUACUCUUAUUGUCCUUUUCAUGGGUCAGUACCUGGUGGAAAUUUCAUAAGAGAAUCCUGCAAGGUAAUUGUAAACUUUGUGUUAUCGAGUGAAUGCAUUGAAAUGGGUUUGAGCACA